GGUCGGUUUGUAUUUUCGCUUCAGUCGACGCGCAGCACUCAGCACGAACAAACGUUUGCCGCGUAUCUGUGAGAUACGGAUACGACUACGACGGGUACAUAUAUUCGUUAUAUUUUGUAAAGCUACAAAAUGCAUAGAGCACACACAGCCUUCAGCCUGGCCUUGUCGCCGAUGGCACACAAGAACUUCGCCACAUGGCUGCUCAAGAGCAGCAGCACUCAGCAGAUGGCCAAGGUAACUGCAGCCGCCGCUGUGCGCACCUACAACUCCGCGGCUGCUGAGCCUUUUGCCAACGGCAGCACCGCCUCCUAUGUGGAGGAGAUGUACAACGCCUGGCUAAGGGAUCCCACUUCGGUGCACACAUCUUGGGAUGCGUACUUCCGCAGCAACAGCUACGUGAGCCCGCCCAACUUGGCGCCCGUGCAGGCCAACACCCUGCCGCUGACCGCCUUCAACUUCGGAGGAGCCGUCUCCGGCGCUGCGCCCGACUCCAAGACCAUCGACGACCAUCUGGCCGUGCAGGCGAUCAUCAGGAGCUACCAGAUUCGAGGACAUAAUAUUGCUCACCUCGAUCCACUCGAAAUUAAUUCACCAGAAUUGCCUGGCAACUCCUCGACGAAAACCAUUUACGCUAAUUUCAGUUUCGGCGAGCAGGACAUGGAGCGCCAGUUCAAGCUGCCCAGCACCACCUUCAUUGGAGGCGAUGAGGCCUCCCUCCCACUCAAGGAAAUCCUGAACCGCCUGGAGAAUGUCUACUGCAACAAGAUUGGCGUGGAGUUCAUGUUCAUCAACUCCCUGGAGCAGUGCAACUGGAUCCGCAAGCGUUUCGAGACUCCCGGCGUGCUGAACUUCUCGCCGGAGGAGAAGCGUUUGAUUCUCGCCCGUUUGACCCGUGCCACUGGAUUCGAGGCCUUCCUGGCCAAGAAGUACUCCUCCGAGAAGCGUUUCGGUCUGGAGGGUUGCGAGAUCAUGAUCCCAGCUCUGAAGGAGAUCAUCGAUGUGUCCACCGAGUUGGGCGUGGAGUCGGUCAUCAUGGGCAUGCCCCAUCGUGGACGCCUCAACACCUUGGCCAAUGUGUGCCGCAAGCCGCUGAACCAGAUCUUCACCCAGUUCGCUGGGCUGGAGGCUGCCGAUGAUGGUUCUGGUGAUGUCAAGUACCAUUUGGGUACCUACAUCGAGCGUCUGAACCGCGUGACAAACAAGAACAUCCGCCUGGCCGUCGUGGCCAAUCCGUCUCAUCUGGAGGCCGUGGAUCCCGUGGUGCAGGGCAAGACCCGUGCCGAGCAGUUCUACCGCGGCGACCAGGAGGGCAAGAAGGUGAUGUCCAUCCUCAUCCACGGAGACGCCGCCUUCUGCGGCCAGGGCGUUGUCUACGAGACGAUGCAUCUGUCGGACCUGCCCGACUACACCACCCACGGCACCAUCCACGUGGUGGCCAACAACCAGAUCGGUUUCACCACCGAUCCCCGCUUCUCGAGGUCCUCGCCCUACUGCACGGAUGUGGCCCGCGUGGUCAACGCCCCCAUUUUCCACGUCAACGCUGAUGAUCCGGAGGCCGUGAUGCAUGUGUGCAAGGUGGCCGCCGAGUGGCGUGCCACUUUCCACAAGGACUGUGUCAUCGAUUUGGUCGGCUACCGUCGCAAUGGACACAACGAGAUCGACGAGCCCAUGUUCACGCAACCCCUGAUGUACCAGAAGAUCCGCAAGCACAAGAACUGCCUGGAUCUGUACGCCGACAAGCUGAUCGCCGAGGGAACCGUCACCGGCGAGGAGGUCAAGUCGGUGGCCGCCAAGUACGAGAACAUCUGCGAGGAGGCCUUCGCCCUGGCCAAGACCGAGACCCACGUCAAGUACAAGGACUGGCUCGACUCGCCCUGGUCCGGCUUCUUCGAGGGCAAGGACCCCCUGAAGGUGGCGCCCACCGGAGUCAAGGAGGAGACCCUCAUCCACAUCGGCAACCGCUUCUCGUCGCCGCCCCCGAACGCCGCUGAAUUCGUGAUCCACAAGGGUCUGCUGCGUGUCUUGGCCGCCCGCAAGGCGAUGGUGGACGAGAAGAUCGCCGAUUGGGCUUUGGGCGAGGCCAUGGCCUUCGGCUCCCUGCUAAAGGAGGGCAUACACGUGCGCCUCUCGGGACAGGACGUGGAGCGCGGCACCUUCUCGCACCGGCACCACGUGCUGCACCACCAGCUGGUGGACAAGGCCACCUACAACUCGCUGCAGCACAUGUACCCCGACCAGGCGCCCUACUCCGUGUCGAACAGCUCGCUGUCGGAGUACGCGGUGCUGGGCUUCGAGCACGGCUACUCGAUGACCAACCCCAACGCACUGGUUCUGUGGGAGGCCCAGUUCGGUGACUUCAGCAACACGGCCCAGUCGAUCAUCGAUCAGUUCAUCUCGAGCGGCCAGUCCAAGUGGGUGCGCCAGUCGGGUCUGGUGAUGCUGCUGCCCCACGGCAUGGAGGGCAUGGGCCCGGAGCACUCCUCGUGCCGCGUGGAGCGCUUCCUGCAGAUGAGCAGCGACGAUCCCGACUUUCCCCCGGAGUCCGAUGAGUUCGGUGUGCGGCAGCUGCACGACAUCAACUGGAUCGUGGCCAACUGCACGACGCCCGCCAACUACUACCACAUCCUGCGUCGCCAGAUCGCCCUGCCGUUCCGCAAGCCCCUCAUCCUGUGCACGCCCAAGUCGCUGCUGCGCCACCCGGAGGCCAAGAGCCCCUUCAGCGAGAUGAGCGAGGGCAGCGAGUUCCAGCGCAUCAUCCCCGACAACGGACCCGCCGGCGAGAAUCCCAGCAGCGUGAAGAAGGUCGUCUUCUGCUCGGGCCGCGUCUACUACGAUCUGACCAAGACGCGUGCGGAAAAGAAGCUGGAGAGCGAGAUCGCCAUUGUGCGCGUGGAGCAGAUCUCUCCCUUCCCCUUCGAUCUGGUCAAGGAGCAGGCCAACCUGUACAAGAACGCCGAGCUCGUUUGGGCCCAGGAGGAGCACAAGAACCAGGGCAGCUGGACCUACGUGCAGCCCCGUUUCCUCACCGCCCUCAACCACGGUCGCGAUGUCAGCCAAAGCGAUGAGCAAUCCUCCUCCAAUACUACCACUACUACCGAUCAUACUAAUAACGUAUCCGCCACCGAAUCCGAAUCCGAUUCUAACUCCGAUCAAAAGUCGAAACCCUGGCUGAGUCGCAUGUUCGCCGCCUCAAACACGAACACGAACGGUGGCGAUCCCAAGGAUCCACUGGUGGCCACCAAUCUGGCCGCCAAGCACUUUGAUUUAAAGCACGUGCGACACGAUUUCAAUAGGCCCGCGGGCAUCGCUGCCGCUCCGGGCGGACGCACAGCGAAAUCCGGACGCAAAAUUAGCUAUGUUGGUCGUGCCUGCGGAGCUUCCACCGCCACAGGAUCGAAGGCCCAGCACAUCCGGGAGCUGAACGCGCUGCUCAACGACGCGAUUUCAACCUAAGGAGGCGUAGACUCGAUAGUUAUGAUGAUGAGAGGAGAUGGAGAUGGAGAUUGAGACGAUGAAUAUUAAUUACGAUUAUAUUUUGUAUUGAAACGUAUGCAGACUCUUUGAUACGAUUUUUUGCUGACGAAAUUGUUAAGAGCAUUGUGUGAAAGUAAUGAAAUGUUAAAUAUUAGUUUAGUGAAAUUACAAGAGCAAACGGCAACCAAGUAACAAAUAACACGAAAUAUUUAGUGUUUAGUGAACAAUCAAAAAACGCGAAAGAAAACAAAAAAAUACUUCAACCACUCACAGCAAGUCUUAAAUGCAAUCUUAAGAUCCAAUUUCUAGUAAAUAGCCAACUCUAUGCGCAUAUAUUUGGAGUAAAGCAAGCCCGCAUAGGAGGAUCACUAUACCUUUCGGAAUGAAUAAAACCCUUUCUAACUUUAUUUCGUAUUCCUAUGUUUAAUAUUUAUUUUAUUGUAUUAUAUAUAAUUAAACUAUCUCAGGCCACGCGAAAGGGCUCUGCUGAACACAAUUUUAACACCUUGAUGAUCGAUCGCAGGCCAAGAAAUCAUUUAGUGUUUUUGUUUGCCUAAGUUACACAUUUUUGUUUAAAUAAAUGAACAAGUAUAAUACUAAACAAUGACAAACCAA